CAGGAACGUGCUCAUUUCACCCAAGUGCAAGAAAAAGUGCAAACAUGUCACACUAUAAAAACGUGCACGAGGAUGCAGUCCAUUGCAAACCCUUCUUCGAAAGGAGGGCAGCCAUGGCUCAAGAAAUGGAAUCCAUUUAUUCCUCCACCAUUGCAUCCUAUAAGAAAAUUUUAGGUCAAUUUAACCCGGCUCUGGAAAAUCUGGUAUACAUUGGAAAUAACUACCUACGGGCAUUAAACGCUCUGUCUGAAGUUGCUGAGACUUAUUACAAUGCAAUUAAGAAGAUAGGUGAACAAGCAUUACAGAACUCUGCGUGUCAUGGACUGGGUCAGCUGCUUAUCCAGAUGGCCGAUAGCUGCAAAAGUGCCAGUACUGGGAUCAGUGUUGUGUUUCAGACAUUACAUGGCGAGAUUGUCCAACAAAUGGACAAGAACACAAAGCUGGAUAUGCAGUUUAUACGAGACAGUCAAAACCGUUAUGAAAUAGAGUACCGCCAGCGAGCAGCUACCCUUGAUAAAUGUAUGUCUGAUGCAUGGAAAAUGGAGAGACAAAGGGACCGUAACUUCCAAAGUAUGAAAGAAAAAGUGAACAUGUUACAUACGGACAUGCUUUCAUUUGUCAGAGAGAGCCAGCGAGCGGCAGAACUGGAGGAGAAGCGCAGAUAUCGCUUUCUGGCAGAACGACAUUGGCUACUGUGCAGCUCCUUCCAGCAAUACCACAGCCGGGCUCAAGGUGUGCUGAAUCCACGACUGUCUACAUGGAAGGAACAGAUUGAUGCUAGCAGAGUUCAGACAGGCCCUGCUGCUCAGAAUUAUUCCUCGGGUCGGCCGGCAAAUAGCCCAAGGGACUCAAUGAAUAUGACACCGAGAUCUGUGGCAGAUGUCUUAUCCAUGGUAAAUCAAAAUAAUGCUAGAGCUCCAGUUGAAAGUACUACAAGAGGUCUGCAAAGGACAUCCUCUAAUGGAACCUCUGGCAGUUUUCGCACUCGUUCUAGUUCCUUUGGUGAAGUUGCAGUAGCUGCAGUUGUAGCAGCGGCAGCGAGUGUUGGCAAUAGGAAGGUCCAGGCCAUUGUAGACCACAAACCAGUAGGAAACCCAACCAUGCUGCAAUUUUCAAAGGGCAAUGUGAUCACUUUACUGGUGUCAGAAGCUCGGAAUGGAUGGCUGUAUGGGAGACUCGAUGCUCUGUCCACGACUGGCUGGUUCCCUGAAGCAUAUGUAAAAUCUAUAGAUACAGACCUUAAUCCCAGGUCAUCUGGGUUGCGUAGUGCACACAGUGCCAGUGAUCUUCUGGAUGUUUCGGACAACAUUCCACAGCCUGGCGGCUACAGGCAGAGUGCUGUAGAUCAAAGGUCUAGCGUCAAAUCUUCCAAUCCAGCUCCUCAACCACCUCCAUUGAACAACAGUGUUAAAAGGUCUGGAGGAGGAGGGUUGCGCGGAGAACUUUUUCCUAAGGGAACCAAUCCAUUUGCAACUGUUAAGCUUCGUCCUACUGUAACCAAUGAUCGAUCUGCUCCUAUUAUUCGGUGAGAGAAGAUCCGGAUGGUUCUACUGGGAAUCAUGCUGCCAUGUACCGGACUCCAGUGGGUACAACAAUGAAUGAUGCUCCUUUUAAUCACUAAUCUGAUGUUGUGAGCCACUGGAUACACUGGAACAUAAACCUACAUCCAGUGUGUAUUCAUGAGUUGGAAGCAGAUAUUGCACAUUCUGUAUAUUCCAGUAAUUGUUCCAUUGAAUGUAUAUAUCUUGCAUCAGAUCUUUAUGUGAAUUUCUUGUGAAUGAUGUCAUCUUCUUGCUGAUUCUGUAAAAACAUCCAUUUUAAGGUGUUUGCAGGAAUAAAAUAGAUUUGAUGACUUAAAUUCUUUGUAAAUAUAGAAGUGAUAUAUAUAUAU